CUCAAUCCCCUCUUUCAAUUCUGCUAUCUUCAUUCUUCACAAUGAACCUCACAACAACCACAUCCUGCAUUUUUCAACAUUUUUUACUAAGAAGGAAGCUCCAUCUUACUCUUCUUCUCACAACUUUUCUUUUGUGCAAUUUAUCAAACACUAGUACUGCAUUCUUGAUGGCUCAAGAGUUGGAUUUGGAGCUUCAGAGAUACACUGAUUCGAAGGAAGGUUCACUCUUCUUAUACCCUCUUGUUAGACUAAGGAAACCAAGAAAAAAGAAAAAGUAGGAAACCAAGAAAGAAGAAGAGAAGAAGAAGGAGCGAAGAAGAAUCAGAUUCUGCAAUGAUGAAUCCGUGGGAUAUCAGAGACCCGUGGGAUAUGAUAGACUUUGAUGCCGAUGAAGCACCGCAGUUUCAGUUUGAGUUUCCGCCUCUGCCUGAGCCCGUCUGGAAUGGGGACGAAAAAAAGAUUGUUGCCGCCAAUGUAGGUGAUCCCCAGCUCCAGCCGUGUGCCAUGGACGUGAGUGGUAAUGAACCACCUCAGCUGGUUAUUGAUGAGUGUUUGCCCGAAGCAAUGAACAUGACAGAGCAGUAUUGGGAAAGCCCAUUAUUUGGUUAUCAACCACUUCAGUCUCAGCCUCAGUCAUGUGCCAUUGACGUGUGUGGUAAUCAACCACCUCCGCUACCGUCUCCGUCUCAGUCUCAGCCUUGGUCUCGGGCACUUCAGUUUCAGCCUCAGCCAUGUGCCAUUGACGUGUGUGGUAAUCAACCACCUGAACUACCGUCUCAGCCCCAGCCCCAGCCCCAGCCUUGGUCUAGGCCACUUCAGUCUCAGCCUCAACCGUGUGCCAUUGACGUGUCUGGAAAUCAACCUACUCAGCUACCGUCUCAGCCUCAUCCUCAGCCUUGGUCUCGGCCACUUCAGUCUCAGCCUCAGCCGUGUGCCAUUGGCAUGUGUGGUAAUCUACCACCUCAGCUACCGCCUCAGCCUCAGCCUCAGUCUGGGCCUUGGUCUCGGUCUCGGCCUCGGCUUCUUUCUCACCCUCGGCCUCAGUCUCAGAGGGAUAUAGUAAGGACGGUGACGGAUGAGUUUUUCGCUGACACGUGUGUUUAUCCACCACCUCAGCCUCAGCCUCAGACUCAGUGGGAUUCGAGGAACAUGUUAGAGCUGAUUCCUGAUGUCGGUGGUCAUCAACCACUUCAACCUCAACCUCCGGUCUGGACUUGGGAGGAGAACAAAGCCUUUGAGUCGGUUAUUACCAGUUGUUUUCAGUAUGCUAUCGACAACCGUUGGGAGGACGUGGCUGCUCGUCUCCCCGGCAGGACCCCGGCACAGCUGCAAGAGCACUUUCAGAAGCUGAUGAACGACAUCAAAGCCAUCCAUAACAGUCAUCCUACAAGCACUCCUCUCAGUGCUGCAUCUGAUAACAUGAUCACCAUGAUGGAACACAACCCUCUCUCCAUCCCCAUCAUCAAUGCAACACCACCACCACCAUCACAGCCUUAUUCGACGGAUCAUCAUCACAGGGAGGAGGUCGUGCCAGCUGCAGAGGAGGAGGUCGUGCCAACUGCACAAGAGGAGGCAGCACCAACAAACACAGGAUAUCAUUGGACCGAAUAUGAACAUAGAGAUCUGUUAUUUUCAUAUGAGGCCUUCUACACAUACAAGCUUUUUUGGCUUACAAAUUAUACAAGUUGCUCCAAAUCCAAAAAAAAAACCACGCGCCCCUUCCUUUCUGCCACUUCUUCCUUGACGCCAUGCUCGCCGUUCAAGAUGUUGUACACGUGGCUUCCCUUUGCCAUCAACAUGAUUGCAAUGAUGGAUCAUCAACUUCUAAGUUCACGAUUAAGUGUUUCUGCGACUCGUUCUCCGAAAUAGGAGUUCUACCGGCAACGCUCAAACCGGUGGAUGACUAUGGUUUAUUGAUUCACCAGAAAAAAGGAAGAAACAUUAUUCAAGUUAAAUAAUUUUGGAAAAACAACAGCAGAUGUCACCUUGCUUUUCACAUGGACUAAUUCUGUUGGACUUUCUGAGUUUACUGGUGAUCAUUUUAAUUCAAGGAUAUUGGAGCAGCUGUUGCAGCAACUCUGACUAUUGCUUCCGAUGCUCAACAAACCGUCACAUUUUCACUAGCAUGAGACUUCCCUGAAGUCAAGUUCCGGCAGGAAGGGUUUACAACAGGCGUUACACUAAAUUCUAUGGUACAAAUGGGGUUGCAGCUGCAAAGAUUGUGCAUGAUGCUAUUAUCGGGCACCGGCAAUGGGAGGCUCAGAUUGAAGACUGACAAAGACCAAUCCUUGAAGACAAGAGACUUCCUGAGUGACUCUGCAUGAUUAUGUGCUAUGAGGAAGAAGGUGGUAAUGCAGUGGGCAAUACAGAUCUAUGUGUUAUAUGCGCCCUUUAGCCAUAUAGGCAAUGAAGUGGGCAUUAUUGAGACCAAAUAAGCACAUGUGGCGCGAGAUUAAAGUUGAUGUGAAGAAAGGUGAUUUGUCUUUGUCAAGAUACCAUGCUGGUUUUUGCAAAUUUGCACGUCUUCUGAAGACAAAGAAUGAGAAAGAACCAAGAAGUCUAUGGCAGCUUAUAUACGAUUCUACUUGCAGGAGGAUGUUGUAGUCAAAGAUUAUUAGAUUUAAACUUGUACA